AUGAAUAAUACCAUGAAUGGGAUGCAGAAUCAAAAUGGAAAUGGUAUGAUGAACCAAAAUGGAAACAACGGCUCAAUGAAUUUACAAGGAAAUGGAAAUGGAAUGCAACAUCAAGGACAAACACCAAAUCAAUCACAACCGUCACAACAAGUACGUCCUCAACAACAACAACCAAAUUUACAAAAUAUACCUCCACAACAAUUAGCACAAUUAGUUCAAGCAAUGAAAAAUGAUUUCGAAAUUGCAAAGAAUGCUACUGAUGAUAAAGUAAGACAACAUCAUUUAACUCGAGCUGAAAAUAUACGGAGAUUAUUAGCUAGAUAUCAAGCUCAAAAGAGUAGAAUGCAACAACAACAACAACAACAGCAACAACAACAGCUACCCCAGCAGCAGCAGCAGCAACAAGGACAAUCUCAACUGAAUCCAAAACAAUUACAACAGCAACAGUACCCCCAAGAUUUUCAACAAUCAAAACAUCUUCCUGUAAAUCAAACCCACGCUUUAUCACAACAAAAUUUAAACAAUAAUAAUGCUAUAAAUAAUUAUAAUCAAAAUCACCAAGGAACACCUGUUAUGAGUCAUAGUGCAAUUUCUUCUCCUGCACUUAAUUCCAAUAAUAUUCCAAGUGCAACACCUUUAAAAACUCAACAACAACAUCAAAAUCAUAAUUUUACAAAACAACAAUUAGAAGAAUUGGGAAAACAAAAACUUCAACAACAAACAAGAAAUGAUGAACAAGAACAACAAAAUAAACAACUGAAUCUGAAUCAAUAUAGUAGUUUAUUAAGAAGUAUGAGUUCAAGUACAUCAAGUGGAGCAGGUAGUGGUACAGCAGGAGGAAUAAAUAUACCAUCAAAUACAAUAUCAAUGGAUAGAUUUAAUCAAAUAAGACAAAAAUUAACUGAAGUUCAAAGAAAAAUUCAACUAUUAGAACAAAGUAAAAAAGCUGGUAAUGCAACUCAAGAACAAAUUUCAAUAAUUGAUAGAGAAUUAAUGGAAUAUAGAACUAAAUUUCAACAAUUUCAAAAAAUUGGAAUUUAUAUGAGGAAUCAACUUGUACAACAAGCUAAGCAGCAGCAACAACAGCAACAGCAACAGCAACAGCAACAGCAACAGCAACACCCACAACAGCAGCAGCAACAACAUCCACAGCAGCAAAAGCUUCCACAGCAACAACAUCAACCUAAUCAGCAACAUCCACAAACCCAGCACCAUCCUCAACUUCAACAAAACCAGCAACCAUUACAGAACCAACUACCACAACAAAACCCACAACAACAACAACAACAACAAAUCCCACAUCAUCAAGCUCAACAACAUCAACAACAACAAAUUCAACAAAGACAACAGCAAUUGCAACAGCAACAAUUACUUGCUCAGCAUCAACGAAAUAUAGCUAAUGGUCAACAAAUGGUUCCAAAUCAAAUGCAAGCUGCUCCUGAUAUGAAUUCAAUGGGUAUUAGACAUACCCCUCAAAGUAUACCAAAGCAAUUACCACCAGGAAUGCUGACCCAAGCACCAACUCCAGCUUUUCCAACGUCCCAUCCAACACCAUCAUCUCAAAAUUUUCAAAAAAUGCCUAGUCGACAAGCUUCUGCAACUCCUCAAACUACUUUUCAGCAACCACAACCACACCCACAACCGCAACCACAACAACUACCGCAACAACCACAACAAACAGCUCCUAUUCAGAAGCCGCAACAACCUCAAGUUAGUAGACAAGGAUCUGCAUCAUCCGAUAAAAAAUUCGCUGGUGUGACAUCUAAUACAGCAUCAGGAACUCCAAAUGGUGCUAAAUCAGGUACUCCACUGAGUGAUCGUCAAACCUCUUCAAGAUCAAAAUCAGCUAUGAAUUUAAAUCUUGCAGGUAUCACCAAACCAAGUGUACCAUCGAUACCUAUAUCUAGUUCGGUGAAUAUAAAACCACCAACUGUUGUUACUUUCAAUUCCGCAACAAAUACAAGACCAACUUUAACUGGAGGAGCUGCUAAUUCUUUAAGUAUACUUUUAGAUACUCCAGCUAUUACAAAACUUCCAACUUUUGAUUUAGAAGGUGGGGAAUCAACAAUGGAUUCAGGAAGAGUAUUAAAUAAAAGAAAAUUACAAGAUAUAAUCAGUACUGUAGGAGUAGAUGAAGGAGAUGGUAAAACAACAAUUGAUGGAAAUGUUGAAGAAGUAUUAUUGGAUUUAGCUGAUGAAUUUAUAUAUUCAGUUACAAGUUUUGCAUGUAGAUUAGCUAAACAUAGAAAAGUUGAUAGUAUAGAUGCAAAAGAUAUUCAAUUACAUUUAGAAAAAAAUUGGAAUAUUAAAAUACCUGGUUAUGCAAUGGAUGAAAUUAGAAGUACAAGAAAAUUACAACCAAGUGUUAGUUAUAAUCAUAAAGUUUCUGGUGUUGAAAUUUCAAAAGCUGUUAAUGAUGAUAUAUAA